GCCGACGAGAUGGGGCUCGGCAAGACGCUCAUGACCAUCUCGAUGCUCGCGUGGCUGGCGUGCGAGCGCGGCAUCUGGGGCCCGCACCUGGUGGUGGUGCCAACGUCGGUGAUGCUCAACUGGGAGAUGGAGAUCAAGAAGUUCUGCCCCGCCUUCAAGAUCCUGACCUACUACGGCACGCAGAAGGAGCGCAAGCUCAAGCGGCAGGGCUGGUCCAAGACGAACGCCUUCCACGUCUGCAUCACGUCGUACAAGCUCGUCAUCCAGGAUCAGGCCGCCUUCCGCCGCAAAAAGUGGAAGUACCUCAUCCUCGACGAGGCGCACCACAUCAAGAACUUCCGCUCGCAGCGCUGGCAGACGCUGCUCAACUUCAACGCCAAGCGGCGGCUGCUGCUGACGGGCACACCGCUGCAAAACAACCUGAUGGAGCUGUGGUCGCUGCUGCACUUUCUGAUGCCGCACAUCUUCGAGUCGCACAAGGAGUUCAAGGACUGGUUCUCCAACCCGCUCACCGGGAUGAUCGAGGGCGAGCACGCCGUCGACCAGGCCGUCAUCGAGCGGCUGCACGCCAUCCUGCGCCCCUUCCUGCUGCGGCGGCUCAAGAAGGACGUCGAGAAGAGCCUGCAGGACAAGGUGGAGCACGUCGUGCCGUGCCCCCUCUCGAAGCGGCAGCGCGAGCUCUACGAGGACUUCAUGGCCUCGAGCGCCACCCGCUCGACGCUCGGCUCGGGCUCGAUGCUCGGCAUCAUGAACGUGCUCAUGCAGCUGCGCAAGGUGUGCAACCACCCCGACCUCUUCGAGGAGCGGCCAAUCCGCUCGCCGCACGCGAUGCAGCCGCUGCUCCUCACCGCGGGCGCGUGCACUGUGCGCGCGCUCGAGAGGCCGCCGCUCGAGAGCGGCGCGUGCUUCGACCUGCUCAACCUCAACCUCGCGUCGUACUGCGACCUCGACUCCUACGACGCCUACCGCAUCUCGACGCUGCGCGCGAAGCCAGUCUACCUGCUCGAGGUGUCCACGCGGCGCCUCUCCGCCGAGCCCGCCCUCGCCUCGGCCGGCGUCGCCUCGUCGCUGCCCGGCGCGCCGCCGCCCGACAACUACAUGGCGCCGCCGACGGUGCCGGUGCUGUCGCCCUUCCGGCCGCUCGUGCAGGCGGCGCACGAGCGGCGGCUCGCGUGGCGGCGGAGCGUGCGGCAGACGCUCGCGCACAUCAACGAGCUGCGCUGCACGCGCACGCCGCUCUUCGGCUACGGCUUGCGCAAGUCGUGCGCCGUGCCGCUCGUGGCGGAGCGCCUGGCCGCGCUCGCGUGCGAGGAGGUUGCGCCGCUCGAGGCGCCGAGCUGCCUCUCUGCGGCGGGCGAGCUCGUCCUCUCCUUCGGCCGCCGCUUCGAGUCGUGCCGGCCGGAGCUGGAGGCGUUCACCACGCAGAUCGGGCGCGCGUGCGCGCCGCCCCCGCGCAUCUCGACGCGGCACGACCCCUCCGACGCGGCGGCGGCGAGGCGGACGGCGGUGCAGGUGGCGGCGGUGCCGCGGCCGCGCCUCGCGCUGCUGCAACCGGUGGUGGUGCGGCAGUCGCUCUCCUUCCCCGACAAGCGGCUGCUGCAGUGGGACUGCGGCAAGCUGCAGGUGCUCGCGCGGCUGCUGCGCCAGCUGCACAGCGGCGGCCACCGCUGCCUCAUCUUCACGCAGAUGACCAAGAUGCUCAACGUGCUCGAGGCGUGGAUCUGCAUGAUGGGCUUCACCUACCUCCGGCUCGACGGCUCGACGCGGACCGAGGACCGGCAGCGGCUGAUGGACCGCUUCAACCUCUCGCCCAAGAUCUUCAUCUUCAUCCUCGCCACGCGCGCCGGCGGGCUCGGCAUCAACCUCACCGGCGCCGACACGGUCAUCUUUUACGACAGCGACUGGAACCCGACCAUCGACGCGCAGGCGCAGGACCGCGCGCACCGGAUCGGGCAGACGAAGCAGGUGCACAUCUACCGCCUCAUCUCCGAGUCGACCGUCGAGGAGAACAUCCUGCGCAAGGCGAACCAGAAGCGGCUGCUCGACUCGGUCGUCAUCCAGGCCGGCUCCUUCACCACCGACUUCUUCAAGGGCGGCGCCGAGGGCGUGCGCGAGCUCUUUGGCACCGACGCGCCGGCGCCCGACGAGGCGACGGCGUCGGACGCCGCGCCGGCGCCGACGCCAGCGCCUUCGCGCAAGGCCCGCGGGGGCGGGCGCUCGUCGAAGAAGGCGUCCACCGACGCGCCUUCGCCCAGCGAGGACGCGGCCAGGGGGGGCGGCGGCGAGCCGGGCGGCGGCGAGCCGGGCGGCGAGCCGAGCGCCGAGGAGCUGGAGGCCGCGCUGCUGAGCGCGCAGGACGCCGAGGACCGCGAGGCGAUGCGCGCCGAGGCUGCCGAGGCGGCCAACGACGCGGCCGAGUUUGACGAGUCGAUCCCCUUUGCGGAGGAGGCCGACGCCGACGCCGCGGGGCGCGCCGCCGCCUCGGCCGCCGACGCGUCCGCCGUCUCGGGCAACGAGUCGGACUUUGCGGCACGGCGCCGGCCGGCGGGGGGCGGCUCGCGGCUCGCCGCCGGCGCCGACGGCGGCACGCUCACGACGAGCGGCGCCGGCAUGUCCGCCGCCAUCGACGCGGAGGACGCGGCCGACUUUGGCGAGGUGGCGGGCGUGACGGACGCGUCGGUGGCGGAGCAGCUCGAGGCGGCGCUGACGCCGGUGCAGCGGUACAUGCUGCGCGUGCUCGAGGAGAGCAACGAGGCCGCCGCCGCCGAGGCUCAGGGCGAGUUACAGUGGCAGGAGUGGGAGAUGGAGCGGCUGGCGCGCAAGCGGGACGAGGAGGAGGCGGCCGCCGACGAGGAGGACGAGGUGCUCUUUUACACCGUCUCCGAGCCGCAGGCCGACGGCGGCAAGCGCAGCCACAAGGGCAAGCGGCGGCGCGGCAACGGCGCCGCCGACGACGCCGACGAGGAGGGCGGCGGCGCCGCCGCGCCGCCGCCGGCGUACAAGUCAAACGUGGUGCAGUACUUGCAGCAGCAGCUGGCCCGCUCGGGCCUCCAGCAGACGGCGGAGCUCGUCUCGCUCGAGGAGCAGCUGGUGCGCUCGGGCGCGGCGACCGACCUCCGGCUGUGGGCGCCGCCCGCGCCGCCCGACCGCGACGAGGACGAGGUGUACGCCGCCGCGCCCGCCGAGUCGUCGGAUGCGGACGAGGACGAGCUGCCUCCCGGCUCCUUCGCGUCGCUCCAGUUCUCGGCGCUGGUGACCGAGGGCGUGGCCGGGCUGCAGCGUGUGCGGCAGCAGAUCUCGGAGCGGCGCGCGCGCGCGCGCGAGGCGGCAGCCCACCCGCCAAAGGACGCCGCCGGACGCAACUCUGGGCGCGCGCGCAAGGCGCCCAAGAAGCUCGGCGACGAGGACGACACGACGGCGUACGGCGACGGCUACGACGGCGGGCUGGGGCUGCUCGAGCCGCCGCCGCUGCCGUACGAGCCGCCCCCCUCCGGGGGGAAGCGGUCCCACAAGCGGCGCCCGCAGCCCGGCUACCCCGCCGCCUACCCGCACCAGCAGCCGGGCGCGCGGCCGCGGCCGGGUCAAAAGCCGCCGCGGCCGGGCGUCGCGCCGGCGGGCGAGGCGCCGUGGUCGGUCGAGGAGGACACGGCGCUGCUGCGCGCGGUGCACGGCUACGGCUCGGCCAACUGGGAGCUCAUCUCGGACAUCGUCUCUUCGCUCGCGCCGCAGCGGUACCGCUCGCCGAAGGCGUGCCACGACCGCUGCACGUACACGCUGCUGCCGCACGACGAGGGGCCGCGCGAGC